ACUUCAAUGUCCCAACACAGCCCUUGGCUGACUGAAGAAAAGGAAAAGGAUCAAGACUUCAAACUUGGCACAAAUCUCAAAGCUGCGGGUGGUGCUCGGUCCUUGCACUCGCUGGAAUUGAAGAAAAACUGACCGGGGAUCUUCAGAGAGGCUCAGCGAUUCCAACAGGAACUGGGAGGAGCGUCGCGCCGCGCCGGUGUCAGCGGCAGGAAACCAGCCCGGCGGUGAGGGCACAACACCGGGACCCGUGGAGGGGUCGGUGAGUGUGAGGCCUGGUGCCAGCCGCCACACCAUGGAUCCAGAGGACUCGGCUCAGGGCGCGACUGCUGGGCUUGUGGCCCCCGCAGGUGUCACCGAAGACGGCGUGGAGAUUGAGAGCUCUGGCGAAUUGAUCUGUGUGAAUCAGGAGACUGUGGAGAAGCUGACAGAAGGAUUAAUCUCUCACUACCUCCCAGAUCUGAAGCAACUGAAAAAUGCCCUCCAGGAACUGACACAAAAUCAGGUGGUUCUGUUGGAUACCUUGGAGCAGCAGAUCGCCAAGUUCCGCGAGUGUCAUCUUGUGCUGGAUAUCAAUGCCCUUUUCACAGAGGCCAAAUGUUACCACGAUAAACUGGUGAACAUUCGGAGAGAAAUGGUCACGUUGCAUGAAAGGACAACGAGACUAAAGGUACGGAUCCCACACUCUUCCUGAUGGUGGUUCUGAGACGUCUUGGACCACCCGGUGCCCCAGAAUGUGUCAUUCUCUAUCCUUUAUCCAUCUGUGUAACGUGGCUUUCUCCGCUUUGUCUGUAGCUUAUUGUCCACAAUUACUGCAGCAGAGUCAUAGGGUUAUACUGCACAGAAACAGGCCCUUCGGCCCAACUGGUCAAUGAUGACCAAGAUGCCCACCUAAGCCAGUCCCAUUUGCCCGCAUUUGGCCCAUAACCUUCUAAACCUUCCCCAUCCGUGUACCUGCCCAAUUGUCUUAAA